UCUAUAUCCAUAUCUAUCUAUAUAUCUCUAUCUCUAAAGCCUCUCUCUAUAUAUGCAUACCAGUUCCAAGUAGUUUCACAUAGAAAUCCAAAGGCGUGAGUACAUACAUGUGACCCUAGACCUCAGAGAAAUGAUGAUCAAGAGAGCUCUCCUCACAAAAUUUCUUCUCCUAGCCCUUCUGGUGUUACAAACAAGAGAAGUGAGAGCUGACAGUAGGCUUGAGAGCUUUGUUCAUGAUGAGCUGCAGUUCAGCCAGGGAUUGGGCUUCCCAAGCAUCGCAUCCUUCCGUGGUGACUUUGCGGAAGACAUGCUGAAUGGUGUGGACGACGUUGUACAAGCAUGGUACAUGGACGACGCCACCGAGGAAGACCAGAGGCUUCCCCACCACCGGCAGCCUGAUGAUCCGGUUCCUCUUGCAAAAUUACUUGACCUCGGAAUCGUUGCCAUGCGGCUAGAUGCAGAUAACCAUGACAACGAUGAGAACCUUACGAUGAUCCGUGACCAGAGGGGCUACUUGCACAUGGACAUUGUGACAUUAACCCCGGAGAAAAUGGCAAACUACGAAGCGAUGAUCAAGAGAUUCUUUGAAGAACAUCUCCAUGCCGAUGAGGAAGUUCGCUAUUGUCUUGAAGGCAGUGGGUACUUUGACGUGAGAGAUGAAGAGGACCGCUGGAUCCGGGUGUCGGUGAGGAAGGGAGGACUUAUCGUGGUGCCGGCGGGCAUCUAUCAUAGGUUCACACUGGACACGAACAAUUAUAUUAAGGCAAUGCGACUUUUUUCUGGAGGUCCAGAUUGGACAGCUUAUAAUCGUCCUCAUGACCAUCUCCCUGCAAGGAAAAAGUAUCUUGCAGCAUCGCAUAAAAGGCGAGAGGAGCAUAGGUCCGAGGAUCAAGCACAAUGUGAUCAGAAAAGCUAAAGCUGCAGUUUGCAGUUACCGCUGCUAAAAGUUAAUAAAUAAAAUGUUGCUGUUGGAAGUUUUGACAAGUUCGAACCAAAUUGAUCUUGAAGGUGCCUACAAGUAUGUAAUGUGAUCUUACUAGUUGGUAGUGAAUGUCAGUCUUGAUCCCUCGAUCAAGGCCAUGGAUUGUACUAACUUGUAUCAGAAAACACCAGUGCAAUAUUUGAAAAUUGAUUAAUAUUUACCACUACAACAAAACAUAGUGGUAGCCA